GCGACACUUCGGUUCUGUCUGACUUGCACUCCUCGCUGGACACCCACAGGACUGGAUAUGCUAGCCCAGAGCUGCUUCAAGCGGUUGAAACUGCAUCGCUCAGGCUUGACCAACUUUGUAUCACCAUGUCUGUGCAGCUCUCGUACCCGGCCGUACUCACAACAACCCAGCGAAAACGAUGGGUCAAUCUUCUCCGGUAAGGCAUCGCCCUGGGACAAGGUCUUCGAAGACAUCGAGGAGCCGCCUGCGCCCCCUCCCGUCUCUAUGCGGAAGCCGUCCCAGUUACCAACACGCGCACCCCGCAAGCAGGCCAUGACAGCGCGCGAAGUCAAUGCAUUCGACCAGAUGUUCGACAUGAUUUUCGACGCAGUAUCCAACACCAAGAAGGACUCGAAGCGAUCUGCGCCCGAGUCGAUAGGAAUCGGGCGGGCACGGUCGCAAGAGAUGGGUGACCUGUUUGGACGGCUGCGAAGACAGUCGAAACACCAAAGGUGGACGAGCGAGUCGGACGAGGAGCUGGAUAGGAAGAGGGAGGCGAUGGAGCUAUGCGAUACAGACCAGCAGCUCCUGGAGUGGGCGAUGCGCCAGGUGUUCGACGAAUCCAAGCUCUGCGAAGAAAACGCUCGGAAAGCGGAGGCGAGUCCCUCUGCCUCGAAGACUUCGGUGCAAUUACAACCACCAUGGUACCCACACAUGAUAUCCCUCCUCAUGCGGACCUUUCGCGAGAAAUACGGCGACCCUCAUCUCGCGCUCUCGAUCUUUGACCAUGCACGCCAUCUGUCUGUCCCCUCGUUUGUCUUUGGCUGCACGACGCCAGCGUACAACGAGCUCAUCGAGACGCGCUGGCGCUUUUUCCGGGACCUGCGAGGUGCCUGCGACGCCCUGGAGGAGAUGCGCGUGAACGGUGUCGAGAUGGACAACCGGACGCGGUCGCUAGCGGAGAUGAUCCGGCGGGAGGUGGGCGAGCGCAACAUGUGGCAGGAAGAGUCAAUGAUCGGCACUGGGGAGGUCUGGGACCUGGUUUCCCGGAUUGAGCAGCUUGUUGCGCAGCGUGCGAGUCCAAGGAAGGUCGAAAAGCAGCGCAAGUCCCGCCAUUGGUCCCCCACUAAUGCGAACAGAUGGGCUUCUGCGAACGAGGUUUGGAAGGGCGCGGCGCUUACGGAGGACGAGUCGAGUGACGGCUGGAAGUUCAACCAAUGGGAACACCCUCUGACUACAGGGCUUUGAUGUGGUGUUUGUGACAUAUGUAUCUAUUAUUCCGGGGUUUCUUUCUAUUGUCAUCACGAGGUCGUGGAGAACCCUUUCCCACCUGAUCAUCCUGCACUCUCGCAGAC